AUGGCAGAAAAAGGAAAGCUUAAGACAUCACCUUUGGUGAACAUGAUCCAUGUCCUGGUUCUCUUACAUCUGGUCAUCUGCUCCAGCGGUUUAAUACGGUCAGCCUACUUCAAAAAGUAUGAACUCAAGUCGACAUCUUCAAAGAACAAGGAACCUACCUCUGGUGUUAAGGUUCAAGGGAUUCUUGAAUGCGCUCGACACACAUUGUCCACACAACAAACUGGGUUUUACUACAGCAAGAAGGACAAGACGUGUAGAUUAGAUAUGGACGGACAACUAGCUGAAGUCAGUAAUAAUGAAGAAUACUGGAGUAGUGCGCCCAAACAGAAUGAAAAUAAGACAAACAAAGCCAUGCCACGGGUUUAUAAGCGGAAAACAGAUCGUGAAAAGACAUUGCCGGACAUCAUGGAACGAGCUGUCAAAGAAAUAAUAUCUAACGGGAAUAAAAACAUCUAUCGCAUACUGUACCAGACUUCCUAUGACCUGAGAAUCGACUUGGAAGACUUUGCAGGCAACUCAAGAUACGCCGUAUACAAAGACUUCUAUUUGGAAAGAGAAGUAAAUGACUUUCGGUUGUCCAUAGGCCAGUACAGCGGAACUGCAGCCGAUGGACUCAGCAGUCACUACGGCCAACCCUAUCCGACGUGGGAUAGAGAUCUGGACUCGGCUAGCGGGAACUGUGCCCAGUCGUUUCACGGCGUGUGGUGGUACUUCGACUGCUACAGAUCUAAUCUGAACGGCGGCUACCUGCACGGCAACCACUCCGCCAACCCAAGCGGAGUAAGCUGGUACCCCUGGCGGGGCAUGUACUACUCCCUCAAGUCCACCGUCAUGAAGAUCAGACCAAGUCCAGUGAUGGCGUAUUCGAACUGGGACGUACGCCGUUGA